AUGUAUUUUCAAACUUCUAAAUAUUAUGUACUCUCGAUGAUUGGAUAAGGUUAAGCUCAUAAAGUGUUUAAAGUUUAGCAUAAUCUAAGUUAAAAAGUAUUUGCCAUCAAAAUAGAAAAAUAUCCCAUGUAAGGUCAAAUAGAGAGUGAGAUUAAAUUCCUUAAAGAAUUGAAUGAAAUAGAAGGAAUCCCCAAAUUGAUUCAUCAUGGAAUAACUCCAGAAAAAAAGUAUGAACUAUUUAAUCAAUUUAGGAGUUAUCUUAUUUUGCCACUUCUACAUUGUAGCUUACAGGAUUUGGUUAAAUCUUAACAAAUAUCCUUAUCUUGCACUUUGGCUAUUGGAUUAAGUCUUAUCGAGACUUUAGAAAAAAUGCAUAAAAAAAGCAUCUUACAUCUAGAUAUCAAACCAGAAAAUAUUAUGAUAUCACAAAAAAUGCAAUUAAAUUCAGAGAAUAAACUUCUCGAGCCUGGAGUUAUUUAACUUAUUGAUUUAGGUCUAUCUUAAUCAAUCGAAAAUUAAAAAUUCUAAAAAAAUAUAUUAUUUGGUUCCUUAAACUUUGCAAGCAGAACAUUUCAUAAAGGUGAAUAAUUAGGAUAUAAAGAUGAUUUGGAAAGUCUAUUUUAUGUGUUAGUCUAUUUGAAAAAUUGUAUUUAUAAUCAUUUAAUUAGGUAAAUUACCAUGGUCUUAAGAAUCUUCAAAAGGAUUUAAGACUGUGGAUAAUAAAUUGAUUGGAGAAAUGAAAACUUCCCUCUUUAAUACAAUUACAUUAUCCUAACAAUUCCCUCAUGAAUUCUUUAAAUUUAUGUCUUACAUUGAUGAACUCUAACCUAAUUAAAUGCCAGAUUAUUCUUUCAUAAAAUUGUUGUUUAUAAAAAUGUUACAGACAAUUUCUAUAAAUCCAAACUCGAAUCAAUUAUUGAACUAUUCUCCAAUUUAAGCUCUUAAUCAACUAGAAAACUCGGAGACCUUAGAUUUUCCAGUUAAAAAACAUCUUUUAAAUAACGAUUCAAUUCAAACAUAAAUCCAAGAAGAUAUCCUAGAUACCGAGCAUAUAGUUGUACAUAUAUCUGAUAGGAUUGGUAAAUAUAAAACUGUUUAAAUCAAAUCAAUCUCAGAUAUAAAAUUUGAAUGA